GCAAGCGGCGGGCUCUCUCACCCUUUUACCGCCAUCAGAGCGGAGUCUUUUUCCUUGGGACCGCUUCACUGCGCAGAACCACCUAGUCAAGCCGCCAGCUAAAGCAUCCCUGAAGACUUGGCUCAGAUGGCUGAUAUGGAUAACAAAGACCAGGCUGAGCUGGACCCAGCGGACAUGGAGGACGUUGAGGAGGUGGAAGAGGAGGAGACUGGCGAGGAUGUCAACAGCAAAGUGCCUGGUUUUGUCCGUCUCCCCUCAGCUCGUCAGCUGACUGUGCAGAUGAUGCAGAACCCACAGAUCCUGGCCGCGUUGCAGGAGAGGCUGGACGGUCUGGUGGGAUCGCCGUCAGGUUACAUGGAAAGCUUACCCAAGGUAGUGAAGAGGCGCGUCAAUGCCCUGAAGAACCUCCAAGUCAAAUGUGCCCACAUAGAGGCGAAGUUCUACGAAGAGGUCCAUGAGCUGGAGAGGAAGUAUGCUGCGCUCUACCAGCCCCUCUUCGACAAGCGAAGUGACAUUGUUAAAGCAGCCUACGAGCCCACUGAUGAGGAGUGUGAGUGGAAAGCGGACGACGAGGAAGAGCUGACCGAAGAGAUGAAGGAGAAGGCGAAGGUGGAGGAGGAAAAGAAGGACGAGGAGAAGGAGGACCCCAAAGGCAUUCCAGAGUUCUGGCUAACGGUUUUCAAGAAUGUGGACCUGCUCAGCGACAUGCUGCAGGAACAUGACGAGCCAAUUCUCAAGCACUUACAGGAUAUCAAAGUUAAAUUCUCAGACCAAGGCCAGCCCAUGAGCUUCUCAUUAGAAUUCUACUUUGAGCCCAAUGAGUUCUUCACAAACACUUUGUUGACAAAAACCUACAAGAUGAGGUCAGAGCCUGACGAGAGUGACCCCUUUUCCUUCGACGGGCCAGAGAUCAUGGGCUGUACAGGCUGCACGAUCGACUGGACGAAGGGCAAGAACGUCACAUUGAAAACCAUAAAGAAGAAACAGAAACACAAGGGGCGCGGCACCGUCCGCACCGUCACCAAAACAGUCCCUAAUGAUUCGUUCUUCAACUUCUUCACCCCGCCUGAAGUCCCCGAGAGCGGAGAGUUGGACGAAGACUCCGAGGCUGUCCUGGCUGCGGACUUUGAGAUCGGCCACUUCAUCCGCGAGCGCAUCGUCCCCAGGGCUGUACUGUAUUUCACAGGCGAGGCCAUUGAGGAUGACGAUGAUGACUACGACGAGGAAGGGGAGGAGGCCGAUGAUGAGGAGGGGGAGGAAGAGGGAGAAGAGGAGAAUGACCCUGAUUAUGAUCCCAAGGUUUAAGUGAUGUCUGUAAUAACCCUAUCCUGAAAGAUGCAAAUCCACCUGCCGAGUGCAAGCAGCAAUGAAGCCUGCGUUGGCGGUCUGAGGAUCAACUGCACUGUAACAGCUUCUCAAAUAAAACAUAGUUACUUACCGCCUUAUAAUGUUUUGUAUUUUUAUUGGUAGAAAUAAGAAUAAAGGGUUUCGAGAUUUGUUACAAAACUCAUAAUAUAACGGGAGCAGUGAUUCGAUAUGCAUAGUAUUUUACUAGACCUGUUUUUUUUUUUCUGUUUUUUUUUUUCUGUACAAAUAGUUAGAAUGACAAACUCCCUCGAAAAAGCAUGAUCUUGUUUCUCUCACUGAAACUAGUUUGGGUUCUUGUGAAGUCUUUUGUUGUAUUGCUCUUAGACAACAGCUGUGUUAGGUCUGCGUUGAGGUGAAUGACAAAAGCCAACCUAUUUCAUAAGUCUCGUCACGCUACCGACGUUGCCGCCCAGUCGGCUCCGGUUGAAGUCUUUGUCGUCGCUCUGCCUCGAGCUCUGUCAAAACGCUGCUUUCUCGUCCCGGCAGAGGAGAUGAGGAAAGAACGGUGGCAUUGAAAGCACUUCUAGGCCAGUUGAAAGUGGUUAGUAGUCACUUAAGAGGGCUGAAUCAAGCUGUCAAUAUAACAUUCCCGUUUGCAGAUUGGCAGGAAUUGGAAGUUUUGCCUCUAGUCGAUCUGAUUUGUUAAACACAACCGUGUGUUAGCGCUGCUAAAUUUAAUGAGCGUCAAGUUGGCAAUUUAUUACUCUUCUGUUAAACCUUUGACAAAUUUGCAUUAAGCUAAUGUUUUUCCUCAAGCACAUGGUUUGGUUUGGCCCAGUCGGUUAACAUUCCAGGUUUGAUAAGGGACAGUUCCGGUUGUUCACCAGCAGGGGGCACCCUAUGCCAAUUGUGCUUCAGGCUCUUGAUAGGCCCGCAUUUGUGACUUGUCUUUUCUAUAGCACUUUGUACUACUUUGUCAUGUACCGGUGGUGUGUCCUCUGAAAUGGCUUGCUGAUGGUCAUGUAUACCCCUUGAGCCAAUCAGAAAGCAAGCAGCACUUUGAUGGCCAUUGACACGUACUGUUGCCCAAAUGAUUAGUGCCCCAUGGGCUUUUCCCUGUUCCAUGAAAUACAUCCCUCUGUUACAGGAAUCUCAAAAGUGCAUUUACCCUUUUGAAACAGUGUUUUUAUGCUCUUUCUUUCUAGCUUCCAUAUCGGUGACCAUUAAAAGGCUGGACGACUAAGUAGGUCCAUUCAUUUCAACAGAUUCGUACUGAUUUGGCCUUGCGGGCCACAGCAUUGAUCCCUGACCUCUAGACACUGCCAGGUGCCCCAGACUCCGGGGCGUAUAGCUAAUUUAUCACUGUGAAGGCUGGGGGGUGGGGUGGGGAGAGACUGGCGUUCCAGUGCAGACUUCUCCGACUGUCGGCCACCUUGUGUAGCUGACCUUACCCAGCAGGUCCCUGAACCGUGAGCAGGUCCGGGAGAGCUGAAGGAAAGAGUAGCCACGCUGACCCGCCGCAUCACUUACCUGUAGUUGGUUGACCAAUAGGGACACUGGAUUCAGUCUGUGGAUCUGUUCGAGCAGCUGUUGUCAAAGCGAAAUUGCCAUGCUACAAAAUACUAAUGUACUCAAUAACUGUACGUGUAUGUAUAUUCAUGAAUAAAUCGGUUAAACGUG